UGGAACCGAAAAUAAUAUGAAGCUAAUUAAAGGAACAAAUUCAAAAAACAGGCGAAACACUUGGGUCUUUCAUUUUGUUUGAGCACUCUGAUCAGACUAAGUGUAGAGCCACAAGACAAAAGGAAGAUCAAAGAAGGUGAAGCUCCAGUUAUGAAGAACAAACAAACGAUGAAGCCUUUUGCAGCAAUUCUGCUUUUCACAAUUCUUGCAGCAGCUGAUGCUGAGAGCCACCUUCUAGUUAAAUCACAAUGUAAAUGCAUGACUGUCACAUCCAAAACAGUUGUUUCUGUAUUGCCUAAUGGGGCACGUGUGGAGCAGCUCGUGAGAGAUAUACACAUUGUAGUUCCCACGAGGAGCAGAGAGAACAUUUCAGAUCCAACCUCCCCUCUUCGGAACAAGUUUGUCUACAAAAUUUCAGAUUUCUGCAAGAAUUGCAACCAAAAGCCAACUUUACCUGAAGAGCCCCAAUGCAAACCCCCACCUCCCCCUGCAGACACCUGCUACGGCCGUAACAUCUAGAGAACGCCAAUACCGUUAAAACACCAUGGGAACCAAAUUGAUGCUGUGUGGAAUCCCAAACUCCACUGGAAUCCACAGCCUACAGCGCCCUCUACUGAAACAACACAUGAUUCGGCCUCCAUGUCAGAUGUUGUUCCCAUAACUACAUUGUGUUUUCUUAAUGCAUUUUAUGCUUUAUAUAGUUGCAUUGCUUUUUUAUCUUCAUUGAACAAAUAAAAUGCUUCAUUG